AUGCCCGUUUCCAUGGAAUCUUCUCGCCCAAUCAUGGCUCCCUCGGCUCGCGCUUCCCUCCGCUACAGCACCUACAGCAUGGCCGCCCCCUCGGUGGCCAUGUCCGUCCAGACCACCGACUCCCAGCACGCCGAAAUCCGCGAGAUCGCCACCGGCCUCGACCGCAUGGAGAACAAGGCCCUCUCCUCCCAGCGCGUCACCCUGUCCGAGGAAAAGUACGAGAAGAUGAGCAAGCUCGCCCUCGGCGCAAAGCUGGAGCGCGCCCUCGACAGGCGCAUGAGCAGCCAGGAUGCCGUCAUGCGACCCCGGAGGAAGACCACUUCUGCCGUCGAGAAGACUUUUAACGAAAAGGCCGCCCAGUAA